GUAGACCAGUUUAGCGUAUCUUAUGCGUAAAGUAUAGAAUAUCCGCUGUCUGUGAACUUCAGUGUUUGGUUCUGUAAACAGUGUUUUGAAUUGACUAAAAGACUUAAGUUUACCUGUUUGAUGUGGCUUUGUUCAUUCUGCUGAAUUAAGGGCACAGUUAAACUAGGAUAACUUUUGUGAACCUCGAAUUCAGUCCAAAACAGAAGCAUAUAGAGGUAUUUUUUAGAUUUUACCAAUCAAUAAAAAUAAACAGAACCAAUCACAAUGUCGAAGGACGCGAAAAGUAUGGUAUGGGACUACCUCGUGUUCUUCAUCUUUGUCGUAGCUAGUACAUUUGUGGCAGUUUACUCAAAGUGCUUCGGACCCAAAGAAAAAACAAAAGCAGACUAUGUAUUUGCAGCAGGCAAAGUGUCAAUGGCAGCGAUGAUGCUGAGUAUAGCCAGAGGGACGCUGGGAGUGCGAUCUUUUUUAGGUUACCCUUCGGAACUAUUCUAUAGAGGAGCCACAAUGUGGGAAACCCUUUACGGCAUGGUCCUGGCCUAUCCUAUAGUUUGCUUCAUAUUCGUGCCGGUGUAUUUCAGCCUUGGAAUAACUUCAGUGUACCAAUAUUUGGAUAUGCGGUUCAAAUCUCGAUUGGUUAAACAGCUGGCUUCGGGAACUUAUAUCGUAAGAGCGCUCCUCAAUCAGGGAGUGACAGUUUUCACUCCUUGUGUUGCUCUUAACACUGUUAUUGGAAUUCCGUAUUGGCUUUCGAUCACUGGUAUUUCACUAGUCAGCAUUAUUUUCAAUAUAUUGGGAGGUCUCAAAGCAGCCAUUUGGGCAGAUGUAAUGCAGGGCGUUACAAUGAUAGUAGUUAGUAUGGCGAUCAUAUUCCAAGGCUGCUUUGAAGCUGGCGGACCUUUAAAAGUCAUUGAAGUUAACAAAGAGGACGGAAGACUGAACUUUUUCAACUUCAAUAUGGAUUUGACUGCAAGAGUAACUACUACGUCAGCAAUCAUUGGUCAACUUUUUAUGUCGCUGUCAAUUUUUGGGUGUCAACAAAAUUUUGUACAACGGUAUUGCAGUAUGGACUCACAAAAACAAGUAACAAGGACCAUGAUGUGGAACAUUCCCGUAAUCACCGUAUUAUUCAGUUUAUCCUGGGUAGUGGGAAUGGUGGUUUACGCAGUCUACGCCAGCUGCGAUCCCCUUUCAUCUGGAUACAUCGACAAAUAUGACGAGGUCCUUCCAUUUUUCGUUGAAGACCGAUUCAGUUAUUUUCCUGGCAUACUGGGGUUGUUUAUGGCCAGUCUUUUCAAUGGGGCUCUCAGCUUGAAUGUCUCCAACUUAAAUUCCCUUGCGACAGUCACCUUCGAAGACUUCGUCCGUCCUUUAUUCAAAGACAUGAAGGACUCUCGACAACUUUGGUCCAUCAAAUUCAUCGGAGUCGUCUACGGACUGGUCAUCAUGGGAAUCAGCUUUGGAGUGGGUCUCUUAGAUGGCGUUAUUGAAUCCUCUAUGUUGGUCACUUCGGCUACUUCUGGACCUCUUCUAGGUGUAUUCGUGAUGGCUUUGUUAAUUCCGUGCGCCAAUUGGAAGGGUGCCGCUAUCGGAGUAAUUUCUGGACAUUUGGUAACCCUUUGGAUAACCUUCGGUGGACUAACGAUCGAGAAACCUCCUGCAAGUUUCUUACCUGUGUAUACCGAUGGCUGUGGUAAUACAUCAUUCAACGAUCACAUCUUAAAACCUGAACACAGGUAUCCAAAAUGGACACCUACCACAACUCCUUCACCCUACUAUAUCUAUAACGAUACUCAUACUUUACUCAACACUACAAGAGCGGCUCCUUCCGAUCCACUUACUCAGCUCUACUCAGUGACCUACAUGUACUACUCCUUCAUUGGGUGCUUCAUUACCAUACUUUUCGGGUGGGCAGUCUCUUACUUCACAGGCAGCGAAAGUGACAGAUACGACGAGGAGCUCAUCCAUCCUAUCGCAAGAAAAAUGGCCAACAUGUUCCCAGGAAAGAAAAGAAUAUACUCACAAAAAACCAUGGAUGAAGACGAGAAACCAGAAAAGAGUUCAAAGUUAGAAAAUUUUGUGCAGCCUUCGACGAGUUAUGGAAGCGCAGAGAAAAAGGGUUCAAUAAAUCCCACUUUUAAUUCAGAUCUAUCAGAUGAGUCAGUCGAUGGAAUUUACAAGACGAAGUUGUGAUUGUAGCUGGAGUUAAGAAGAACAUUGUAAUGGUAUUAAACUAGGUGCCUAUUACUUUUAGCAACUUCUGUGAUCUCUAGCUGUUAUGAACAUAUUUUGGUGUAAUCCAUACGUUGUGUUUGUUGUUUGGUUAAAAAUAAUUGUCAGUAAAAUCGUAGAUCGUAGGUUUUUAAUUUAUGAAUUAAUAAGUUUAUUCAUCUGACAGUUAGAAUAUUAUCAAUUCAAUAUUUUUUUUAAAUAAAACAGACUAAACCCUUUUCAAGGCUUUAUUGACACAAAGUACAAUCGGGAGAAUGACAUGCUUCUUCAAGAUAGUCUUUAUAGCUCAUUAUAACGAAGCUACGUUUAUUAUUUUAAUAGAUAUGAGAAUUCACAUACAUUAGUAAACAAGUUAGGAAACAUUAAUAAUAGUAAACUUAAAAGGAUUACUGGUGUAAUCUAUUGGCUAAGAAUUUGUGAACAUAAAGUCUUCAGGACUAGUAAUAAUUGUCAUGGGGCAUGGGCAAAAAUGCCAGCGUAGUUCAGACUGAACUGGCUGGUAUCUCCAUAGCCGCAAAAGAGAUAAUCGGGAAAGGUAUAGCCGGCAAAACUGUAAUAAUCUGCACAGACAGCAGACAAGCGCUACUAACCCUGAACAGACCACGCGUCAUAUCAGGGCUAGUAAUGGAGUGUCAUGAAUCACUAGCCCAAGCUUCGGAUGGUAACAACAUCAUCCUGAGGUGGGUUAAAGGACACAACAGAAAUAAAGGCAACCGCAUUGCUGACCAGCUGGCUAGAAGGGCAGCAGGCCUAAGACUCUUGGGACCCUGUGAUCUUUUUGGCUUGUCGACUACAACAAUCGCGGAAACUGUCAAAUUUCACUCCCACACGCAAACCGUAAGAAGAUGGGAAGAAGGGCCAGGAUGUAGACUUGCCAAGGUAACACUAAGGAACCUUGGGAAGUCAGCAUCAGAAAAGUACUUGAGAAUGACCAGGAAAAAACCUACGCUUGACCGUUGGUUUUUUAACUGGCCAUUGUCAACUAAGAAAACACCUCCACACACUGGGGCUAGUAGACACAUCUCUAUGCAGGAGGUGUGAACGAGAUGACGAAACUGUCGAGCAUGUCCUAUGUGAAUGUCCGGAGUUAUCGUCAAUACGAGAGUAUGCGUUCGGCGAGCCUUGGCCUACACCUGCCGAUAUAGGGGAGAUGUCACCAGGUGAUUUGUCCACCUUCCUGGAAAUGGCAGGAUGGAUAAUGAAUUAAGGACGACAACCCCCUGGGAGGAUGUACAAUGGGUCAAUUGUGGCCUAAGUGCUGUGGGACUUGACUCACACUCCCUACUCUACAGAUACAGAGACAGAUAGUAAUAAUUGUAGUAUCUAGAAUACUAGUAGACUAGUACUACUGUAGUCAACGAUUUGGUUCUUUCCGCAGUUAUGUCAUGCUUCUUGAUAAUGCAGUUCACUCUCAAUUGAGACCAUGCAUUUGUGAUAUCGAAUGCCUUUUACAAAAUUGUACUUGACAUUUAAUUGACGCUUCAUGAUGCUCGGCUACUAACAACUAAGUGUCUACCCUUUUUUCGAUAUUGACGUUUAGCCAUAUUCAAGGCUAAGAUUUGGCAGCCGAAAACGAGAGCCAAAUCUGUAGAUCGGAGAGUAGAUGCGUCAGACAGAACUUUUAAGUAAUGUUUCUUGACUUCACCCGAAUUUUCUUGAUUGAGUUUUUAGUAUAGCUGCAGCAUACAAACUUCUGAUGUCAGUGAUCAAAGCUAGUAAUGACCUGUCAUUGAGAAUAUAUUAUCUAUCAGACGUACUGUUGGUUGACAGGGUAGCUCAAAGACAUGUUUUUACUUUAGACGACUUCUAUAUAAUAUAUAGUGUAUCGUAAACCGCUGUAUCAAUUUUCUUUGGAAACUCACUUUGAUGGAGGUAGUCAGUGACUGUUAACCUGCCUGUUAGACUGGGAUUACGUUAAAAUUUUACGGGCUGUUUAUUUUAUAUAAGUGAUGAGCGCUCUAAUAACCGGCAAAAUAGCGCAAAAGAUGGAAAACAUAACACACUGUGAAAUGAGCAGAGAUGAAACUAUUAGAGGUGGAAAUUAUUGAUAUAAACGUAUAAAUUAACGUUACAUUACAUAGUUUCCCACCUUUAGACGUCCGUGACAGGAGUAUUUUAUAAAAUUCUGCUGUCACAGUGACAGUUGUCAUACUCCUCCGAUAAGUAUAAAGGUGGGAAACUAUGUAAUGUAAUGUUAAUUUAUACGUUUAUAUCGAUAAUUUCCACCUCUACUAGUUUCAUCUCUUUUUACUGCACAAUGUAUUAUGUUUUCCAUCUUUUGCGUUAAUUUGUUGGUUAUUAGCGCGCUCAUCACUGUAUAAGCCUUUCCAACGGUUCACGCAUUACAUACAGAAAAGCAAUUUUAUUUAUAGUUUAAGAUGUGUAUUAAGUUCUUUGUGAUGUUUCCAAUUUGUGUGUCUGUGAAAAAGUGAGUCAAAAAACCUUUUGAGAACUUUCCACAAUUUAUCAAAAAUUUAAAUAAUUUAAUUUUGAAUCCUGGGUCUAUUGCUGUCUUAAUAUCCUUAAGAACCACUUAUAUAUCUUCAUUAGAGAAGGUCGGGAAUGCUUCAUUUCUAUGGCCUGAGUUUAUUGAUUUUUACGUUCACUCCACAUGAAUUACACGUGGUUUUAUUCACCUAUCCUUACCACUGCCUUUCAGCUUGGUGUAGGAACACCGCCCGCAAAUUCUCUUAGUAAUUAAUAGGCUUGCCUGCAGAAUAAAGCGGUUGCAGUUGCGGUCCAUUGUUUUCCUCUAGUGACAACUACGUUAUGAAGCAGUUCAUUUGCUGUUUUUUUAUUCCUUAGCUUUAAGGAAGGCUUGAUAUAAUUUCUUGCUAUUUUGUAAGCUACCAGGAAUUUAUUCUUUGCGAUACCCUCUUGGUUAUUUGCUGUUGGUUAUAUUUUGAACGGUUCCGACGAAUCUAGGGUAAUUGUUGCUUUUAGGUGUUAUCAGAUAUGUGGAGAAACUAAUCCAGUUGGCUUUUUUAAAAUGGUAUCUUUGAAGGGAGAUAAAUAUGUUUAGGGGAUUUUUCCCACUCCCUAUAUUAUUGCUGAGCAAUAUCGGUUAUGUCGAAAAUUGACAAUCUAGAUAAUGACACGUGAAGCGACGAGCUAGACGCACGUUUUCAUUUCUUUAAUAGAUUAAAGAAAGAUAAUUAUUUGAUAGCAAAUAAAAAGUAGACAGUGAUGAAGACAGUAAGGUGAACCAUGUUUGUGAGUAUCAUAAAAAACGAUAUUUCAACGACAAAGAGGUAUAAAGCAUGGACAAAAAAGAAUAUGUAAAAAUAUUCGUAAUAUUUAUUGCGUUUUAAAAAAUAGUUAUCAAAAACAGCUAAAGAUUAAAAUGUAGAAUGUAAUAUGAACUACCUACUAAAAGGUUACCAAAAAUAUAGAUAUACUCAGGUAAAAAGAGAAAGAAAAUUUAAUUCAAAUGAGAAUUAUUAUUCGAUGAAGGAGUACAAAGAAUAACAGACAAGAGACUAGAAUUAUUAACACAUUCACGGACACGCUGUCAUUGUAUACACGUAUUCUUAUGGAGUAAAUGACUUCAUAUGCAGUCAUGACUGUGAAUGUGUUAAGUAAAAAGGAAAAGGGAGUUCAAACUGAAACAACAUGUUAAAUUGUAUGAAUGAGUAUAUAGGUACUUAUACUUUAUUAUUUGUAUUGGUAAUUUACUACUAGAUGUUACCAAAAUAUACAGAUAUACUCAGGUAAAAAGAGAACGACAAAUUUAUUGCAAAUAAGAAGUAUUAUAAGGAAGGAGUACAAAAAACUAAUAGACAAGUGACUAGAUUUAAAUUAAAAAAAUGGAAGGAGGUUCAAAUUAAAAAUGUUAAAUGAUACGAAUAAAUACUUUUACUUCAUUAUUUGUAUUGGCAUUUACUUUACUCUUUGAUGUAACACAUUCCGUUGUUAAGAAAGGAUAAAAUGCAAUAGUCUGCCUAAUAAACAGUAAGUUUAGAAAAUGAAUAAUGAAAAAACGUUGAUUUCAAAUUCAAAAUAAAGUGACUAUUUUAACUGUCAGAUGGGGAAAUGUUUAGCGCUUAAAUGCAUGUACUAUUUAUAAAAAAUUAUAGCGUUUAUUUGAAAAACAACACUUGUCCAAAAAUUAAAAUUUUGGCAAAUACAUAUCAAGAAAAACUUCCCAGACAUCCGUUGUUUUUCCAAAACUAUCCAAAAGUUCUAUGUAGUUUACUCCGUACAUUUGAGGUUUUUACACAACUGAAUGUGUCAGAUAGAUAAAGAAACUACUAUUCUAUGAGAAGAAUACAUAAAGUCGAAUUGGCGAAAAAUGGACAUUUGUUGUAUUUCAAAUAAACGCUUCAAUUGGUAUGUCAUUAGGUUAGCUGACCAAACUUGUUUGUAUGUACUUUAGCUGCUUAUCCAGGUGCGUGAGAACUUUUAAAAGAAAAGACAAAUCUAACAUUUUUUUCCACUUGUAAAAAAAUAAUUGCAUGAAAAAGACUGUCCAGUGACAGCAUUCUAUAAUUUUUUAUUUUUCUACACAAACUUUAUAAUGUUGACGUUAUGAAAGAAUAAUAUUACAAAUAUUAGGUAGAUUAUUCAAAUACAAUCGUGUAAAUUAAAUCAUUAAAAUAAAAUGAAUUUAAAAUCAAUUUCCAAAUUUGGUUGGUGGAUAAGGUGAUAACUGGCGCUUGAAUCUUCUGUAUGGCUGAGGUCUCAUGAGAUUCACUGUUAAGCCUUUUCUAAUUUUGAAAGCAGCUGACACUUUUGGCCCAACGCAACGGUUUACGAAGAUUACGAGUAUUCAGUUAAAAAUACGUACCUACUGAUCUGCAUUUUUAUUUCAAUACGAAGGACAGUUGAUUGGAGUUUCUCCAAGAUAUAUUGUUAUAUCUUGCGGAUCCCCACAGUUGGAUUGAGUAACUCCAUACAGCCUAAUAUUUGAUUUAUAUAUCAAAAUUUCGUUUUAUAUUUAAUAUUUUAUUGGGAAAUAAGCCACAAUUUAACUUAAAAAUCCUUAUUGACGUUUCAUUUUCGACUUCAGAAAUGGUUAUCGAAAUAAAAUAUCGAAGUGGAAAUCGAAACGUCAAUAAAUUUCAUUUUUUACUUAAAUUGUGGCUUAUUUCCCAAAUAAAAUAAUGAAUUGUCUAAGAUGCCACAAAGAAACAGCUUGAGAACAAUAUUAGUUAUAUUUAUUUUGUUUCCUAUCAUAAGCAAAUAUAAUUUAUUUACCCAAAAUAUAACUCUUGACUUGUGUAUGUUUUUUUAUGUUAGUUCUAGGGCCAAAUACAUAUUUUAUGUUUUACAUUACUUUUUUUCGUAGCUUUAGUUUACUUAUUGAAAAUGUAACAAAACUAUUUAUUUUACGUUUCUUUAAAGGGGCUAUAGUACAUCUUUUAAUUACCUACCUGUUUAUCAGCCUGCUACAAUUUAGUGUUUUAAAAACUACAAAAACCCUUUCAAAGCAAGCUGUAUUUAAAAUAUUCAAAAAAUGGCUUUGAAAUCAGCCAAGGGGCUAGAUCCUUAGGGUAUAGAAGAAGGGCAAUUUAAGAUUUAGUUUCGAUACAGAGCCCACCACCAUUUGCUUAUGCAUAUUUAGUCAUCUAGGACUCCUCAGAAGACUCGUGGUGUGCUCUCUAUAAGUAUUUGUAACUAUUUAUAACUAAUUGUCUCAUCACCAAGCUGAAACUGAUAAGCGUAGGCACUGCCGUCCGUGAUAUAUUAGAGAAUAAAUUGUUUAUUUUACGAUGAGGAUACAUCAGCAGUUAUCUCAGAAAGCUAUAGAGACGAAGUUUUUGUAAGCCAUCCGUCGUAUCGUCACAUAGCAGAAUGCCUAGGUAUGCCUUACCUACAAUGAGUUCUCAACCAGCAGCUCACCAACCAUAUCAGAGACACCCUGCCCAGUUUGAAAGAUAAACUACAAUAGCAACUGUUACAACGGGAAAAAGGUAUGGACCGUUCUCUUAAGACUAAGGCUAUGUAUGUAACAUAUUAUGAUCCAGCAAGUGAACCUCGGCAGAAUCAUCGAAAGUUCCGUUUGGCACAAAUCAACUCGAGCGAACUGUCUGGCGGAGCUCAAAUCAUUACGUUAUUCCACGAAAAGUUCUCCUUUGAAAUUGUCAAGCUGGAAUUCGAUGUGAAGAAGCUUCGUAGGGAGAUCGCCUUCCCAGGUAUGGCUUUUGAGGCUAUUGUAAAAAAAUAACUCUGCUGAGGGAACCUUCCCUGAAGUCCGUCGAUCUAGUCGUGCAGGAGCUGUCAAACGUUGGAAGAAUGUGCAGCUAUAGGAUGGUUCCGUUAUCCACGAUUAAAACCAACCACGAAGAUCUGGCCCAUAGCUUUAUUUCUCUUCUAUAGCGUUUCUACGAAGCAUAAGAUCAAAAUACUAUAUGUAUAAUCCAGGCUGCAGUGGCUAGUUCGCUUAGAGAGAUGGAACAUUUAUAACCAAAGACCGGAUGGGUGAGGAGAACAGGCAGGCCCAGAGCACGAUUUAACCUUCCGAUGACCAACCUUUUUUGUUACACGGAUGACCAACGGGGGUAAAAAAUGACCCCAGGAUAAAAAUGACCUGGAAUGAAUGUUUUCAUCAUUUAAAUCUUAUCUAACAUUACAUCCUCGUUUUCUGAUACUAUUUCAUCUUCUAUAUCAUCAUAAAAAUCGCUAGCAAUAACAGUUUCCUGUAACUCAGCCUCAGUAAGAUAUUUGCGGGCCAUAUCUUAUAUGUACACAAAAUACUAAGAAACUAUAAUAACAUACGCCAGGAAAUAAUAAUAAUGACUAACUGUAGCAGACAGGAAUGUCAUGAUUCGUACAUAACAGGCACCACAGUCUAAAAAAAGAUUUUGAUAACGCGCAGUGUAAAACUACUUGGAAUUCCACAUAAUAGACGGUAUUUUACUAAACAUCAACUUCAGAAUAUAUUUUUUAUUCGUAGUAUAAUAUAGAGAAUUUUAUUUUAUUUUAAAAUAUGAGGAUAUCUAGAAUGAUAUUAAAGUCCAAUAAAAAAAUAAUGAGUUAAAAAUUGAAAAUACUUUUGAAUUUAUUAAAGAAAAACAUACGCUGGGGUCCAUAUUUACCCCUCUUGGUCAUCUGAAGGUUAAGUACCCGGUGAAAGACUACCUACGAGUGCUAAGACUACGAAAUUGGAAAAACAAGGCGAAGGACAGGAAGGAAUGGAAGCUCUAGAACAGGCCAAGACCAGCUUGGGUUGUAGAGCCAAAGAUAAUGAUGAUAAUCCAGGUUAUAUGAUUACAUAACACCUACUUAUUUCACCUCUGUGUUAUAGGUAUUGUUAUUAUCGAUUUCAAUAAUUUUUCAAUUUAUUUUAAAAGUUCUUGCAAAAUUGGUACAUAAAGUGACAAAUAUAAAACACACGGGGAUAAGUAGCAUAUUUUAGGUUUAGGUAGAUACUUUUUUAUUUAAUUUUCUAUGAUUUUUAUUACUCUGAUUCUCUAAGUUCCUUUUACUAAAACAUAAACAGUAUUAAUAAGGGAGUAGUUUACUGUGCGUGUUGAUUUUAACAAUAACAAACUCUUAUGGUAAAACUUUUAGACAUAUCGUCGACAUACAGUGAUUAGUUUUAGUAAAUAAUGCUCAAUACCCUUACUUACAGGCAACAAUAUGUCGCUAUGUAGAUGUAAUGUUUCCUUUUAUCUGAAUAUGUAAAAUAUAUUUUUUUUAAUAGUUA